UGAGUAGUAGUCAACAUACGUACACCCACUCAUAAUUUGCACAAACGUGGUGGUAAACAUUGAUAUAUAUGCAUAUGCAUUGGGAGAUUGAAAUAUUAAUUGGUAAAGUUACAAACAAAGAAAGAGUGAAGGAGAGAACUAGAGAAGAGAGUUCAAUUAAUCAAUCAAAUCCAUUAUGAGUGGAAGGAACAUUGACCCGAGAAGUGGCUUCUGCAGCUCCAAUUCAAUCUUCUACAGCAAGCGGAAGCCCCUCCCUCUCCCUCCAAACCACUCCUUAGACGUCACUACUUUCAUCUCCUCCCGCUCCCACCAUGGCAAGACCGCCUUCAUCGACGCUGCCACUGGCCGCAAGUUCACCUACCAACACCUCUGGACCGCCGUCCACGCCGUCGCCUCCUCUCUCUCCGACAUGGGCAUCCGAAAGGGCAAAGUCGUCCUCCUCCUUUCCCCCAACUCCAUCUACUUCCCCGUCGUCUGCCUCGCCGUCAUGUCCCUCGGCGCCAUCAUCACCACCACCAACCCCCUCAACACCCCUCAAGAAAUCGCCAAGCAGAUCGCCGAUUCCAACCCCGUCCUCGCCUUCACCAUCCCUCCCCUGCUCCCCAAAAUCACCGCCGCAUCACCCUCCCUCCCAAUUGUUCUCAUGGAUUCCGAUUCACCAUCUUCUUCAGGUGCCAGUGCCACCACCCUGGACCAGAUGAUGAAAACCGAACCCAAGGCGAAUCAGAUCAGGGACCGAGUUGACCAGGACGACACCGCCACGCUGCUUUACUCCUCCGGCACCACCGGACCCAGCAAAGGAGUGAUCUCCUCGCACCGGAACCUCAUAGCAAUGGUUGAAAUCGUUCAAAGCCGGUUCAGCAAGGAAGAUGAACAAACCUUCAUCUGCACGGUGCCCAUGUUCCACAUAUACGGCCUCGCUGUGUUUGCGACGGGGCUGCUCAUUUCGGGAUCAACCAUCGUGGUUCUCUCCAAAUUUGAAAUGCACGACAUGUUUUCCACGAUCGACAAGUUCCGCGCCACGUUCCUGCCGCUGGUGCCGCCGAUACUGGUGGCGAUGAUCAACAACGCUGAUGCGAUUAAGGGGAAGUAUGACUUGAGUUCACUGCACACGGUGCUAUCAGGUGGGGCUCCGCUGAGCAAGGAGGUGACGGAGGGGUUUGUUGACAAGUACCCAAACGUCACCAUCCUUCAGGGUUACGGCUUGACGGAAUCCUCAGGAGUGGGGGCAUCCACUGACUCCUUGGACGAGAGCCGGAGGUACGGCACGGCGGGGAUGUUGUCUCCUGCCGCUGAGGCUAUGGUUGUUGACCCUGAAACCGGUCGAGCGCUGGGGGUUAACCAGACCGGUGAGCUCUGGCUCCGGGGACCCACCAUCAUGAAAGGUUAUUUCAGUAAUGAGGAGGCAACCACAUCAACCCUUAAUUCAGAGGGAUGGUUAAGAACAGGAGAUAUUUGCUACAUUGAUAAUGAUGGCUUUUUAUUUAUCGUUGAUCGCCUGAAAGAGCUAAUCAAAUACAAGGGAUAUCAGGUACCUCCAGCUGAACUAGAGGCUUUGUUGCUUACUCAUUCAGCUAUUUUAGAUGCUGCUGUUAUACCGUAUCCUGAUAAGGAGGCUGGGCAGUUUCCAAUGGCGUAUGUUGUUAGGAAAGAUGGAGGUAGCAUAUCAGAAAAACAAGUUAUGGAUUUUGUUGCAGAACAGGUGGCUCCGUAUAAGAGAAUUCGGAAAGUGGCCUUCAUAUCUUCCAUACCAAAAAAUGCAUCUGGUAAAAUUCUUAGGAAGGAUCUAAUCAAGCUCGCAACGUCUAAACUCUGAUCGAACAGAUGUUUAUAAUAAUAAUAAGUUUCUCAUGAAAUUGGAAAUGAUCAUUAUUUUUUUGAACUAGUUACUUCUUGCUGGUAUAUUCGGCUUUGUUUAUUUUUGUUGAGAUGAUGUUAAAUUGUUAAUUAUGAACAUUUUAUAUGUUCUUUGUUCAGUCGUCAAUUUGUAAAACAGAGUGCUCCCUUAAUACUCUUACAGAGAAUAAAUUGCCUAUGAGAAAUUUUGUGUAA